AUGGGGAUCACAGAUUUCUUUUCCGACCUCCUGAGCUCCGUCACGUUCGUGCAGGAAGUCCACGCUGAAGCUCCUGCCGAAGAAGAAGAAUCCAGUGACGGAGGAGACGAAUCCAAGGACGGAGAAGGAGAAGGUGGUGAUGAUGCCGGAGAAGGAGAGGAGGAAAGUGAUGAGGCCGAAGAGGAGGAAGAGGAGGAGGAAGAGGAAGAAGAACCUGUGGAUCCUAAACCAAAGCUAGAGGAGGACUGCGCCCGUUCCGCCCAAUGCAUCGGCUACAAACACCAUUUCGACGAGUGUGUUGAGCGUGUCACUGCUCGAGAGAACGACCCGAACGCCAAGGGACCCAAGGAGGAUUGUGUCGAGGAGUUCUUCCAUCUUCAACACUGCGCUACUCAAUGCGCUGCUCCCAAGCUGUUUAGACAGCUGAAAUAG